AAAUAUAAAAUUUGUGGCUGAACAUCUUUGUACUGAAAGCACAGAGUGAAGAUUGUUUAGCAGCGAUUCUGACUGUAAAUCAUAAGUUUUUCUCUCUGUAUUUUAUCUAACAUUACAUUUCUCUCUGUUGUUUUACACGACACCUUCAGCACGGGUAAGUAAAUAACUCGACUUCACACUAACGGUAGCAGCUGAUAUUUUAUAAACUUAUAUAUUAGCACAAUGCUACAUUCUACAGAUUUACUGUGUGUGAUGACUGAUUGUUGUCUAGUUUUCCUCUUUUUUAUUAAGACACACAUCAGCUGUGUUUUAACCAGAGUAACAGUUACUUUCACAUUUUCACAUGGAACAAUUCACAUUUGACUUCAUGCAUAAAAUCUUCACACUGUAUUAUUUACUUUCACAGGACUUUUUUACAUGUGAGUAUAAAGACUUUUCUGUGAUGGUGAUGUGUUGAUGCUGCAUGAAUAAUAUAUUUAUUGUGCAGAUGAAAUAGAUUAGACUGUGCUGUGUGUUCAGAGUGCAAUAGCACAUAGAUAUAUGAGCAUCAUGAGCAUAGUGUAGUGAACACCACAGACUGUGAUCGCUGCAGAACCUCCAUCACGCUGGAGUCUAGUUUGUCAUUAGUGUUAUACAGACACAGAAAUCUGACCUACACACUGAUACUGAGAGCUGAAAAGCUGAAGGUGUCUUUACAAAAGACACACACACUCAUUAGUGACCAAUCUGAUGUAAUGGAGCUAAUAAUCAGAGACGGGCUCGAUAUCAGUUUAAACUGAAACAAUCAGAGACAUUUCUCCAUCAGAGAGGAAAUUAAACUACACACUAAAUGUGUCCUUUAGAUUGUUACAGUUACUGGACAUCCAGUAGAACAGACUAGAUCAUUUAUCUCAUUUAUACAACUGAGCAAUUCAGGGUUAAGGGCCUUGCUCAAGGGCCCAACAGUAGUAGCUUGGCAAUGCUCGGGCUUGAACUCCUGAGCAUCUGAUCAGUAACUCAGAGCCUUUAACCACUGAGCCACCACCAUAUAAACUAUUUAUAAUGAUUCACUAUCUGCUGUUAUGUUUGAUAAAAAUAUUAAAAUUGUAGCUGAACAUCUUUGUACUGAAAGCACAGAGUGAAGAUUGUUUAGCAGCGAUUCUGACUGUAAAUCAUAAGUUUUUCUCUCUGUAUUUUAUCUAACAUUACAUUUCUCUCUGUUGUUUUACACGACAGCUUCAGGCUCGGUAAGUAAAUAACUCGACUUCACACUAACGGUAGCGGCUGAUAUUUUAUAAACUUAUCACAUAUAUUACAUUUGAAUCCAGGGAUGAAAUAGAAAGAUAAAAAGCAUUUUCAGAUCAUGUUUACGUGAAGGACUCUGAUCAGUCAGUGAGAUUCCACUUCCAUCAGCCAGCUUCUUUCCCACAAUGCUCCUGUGCGUAACCCCACUGCACUGCAAUAACGUAGCAGAGACGUUUACCAUGUCGAGUAAAAGACACAACAAACAUGUAACAUAUAACACACACCACUGCCAGACUCCAUCAGAAUCUUAUUCACAAUCAUACACCAAUAAAAUCACCAAAUUUCCCAGGAUUCCUCUGGAUUAAACAGGGGUCUUUUGUGCGAAUAUCCAAGGACCAUUUCACCUUUUUGGAUUAUUUUCAUAAGGUGUGACUCCUAAUUGUGUUCUUCCUGAAAUGAACAGUAACAGAACAUGUCCUGACGCUUCACCAUGAACAUAAAUCAUAGCUUUAACAGUUUUCAGUGCUUGUAGACAGAAUCAUUAGCAGCGUUUACACGGACAACAAUAAUCCACUCUUAACCCGAUUAAGACCAUACUCUAAUUAAGAAACUACCAUGUAAACAGCAAUUUUUACUUACCUUAAUCUAAUUAAGGUCAUAAUCGAAGUAAGCACUAAUCUAAUUAAGACAGGUGGAGUACUCCUGUUUUAGUCACAUUAUGGACGUGUAGUAGUGACAUGUAAACACCUUAAUCACAUCAUGAACACCGUGUGGGAGUUUUCACCGCAUUUUGCGACAGGACACGAUCACACACGGCAGUUUUACGUUUUACGGCGAACAAGAGAGUUCGACUGUGUCCCAAAUCGCAUACUUUCCUACUAUAGGCCUGUAGUUGGGAAAAAUACAUGUAUCUCAGCUACUAUGUAGACGGUAACUACGCGAUUUGGGACACACCCACCGCUUCAAGCAGUUGUCUAUUAGCACAUACAGCAUGACUAAUAAUUAACUGCACUUAAAGUGUUCGUGGGGAAAAAAAACAACAACAAAAAAAAAAUCACCCAAAACUGUAAACGGUCCCUUAACGAAGACGAACUGUAUGUUGAUGCGUGAAAUUCUGGAGGUACGUCGGACGGCGUGGCGCGGUGACGUAAUGACGCGGGCUCUUAAUCUAAUUAUGAUCUAUAACAUGUAAAACGGGUACAUGACAGGAGUAUUCUAAAAGCGACUCAUGUAAACACCUUAAUCACAUUAUUAUCUUACUCAGAGUAAGGUCAAUAAUUAGAUUACUGCUGUCCAUGUAAACGUAGUCAUUGCCAUCACUUGCUCUGCGUAACAAUCACAGCAUAUUUUAAGAAGCACUGAAGAGUUGACUCGGCCUAGCAUUUAGUCUCUUUAAGCUAACAGAAGUAAGCCAUGUUAAUGCACACAGCAUAAAGACAACCUGACUGAACUGAGAACAGAAGUCCUUACCUUCAUUUAUAAAAACUUCCAUAAUAGGAGAGAGGGAUUUGGGAGUGAAAGAGAGACAGACAUAAGGAGGUCACGCAUCUUCCCAAGUCUACUGCGACACAUCAUAUGCUGUCGUAACCGAUAUAUAGACGAGGCAGUAGCAAAGCACAUCAUUCUGUUAUCUGUUCAGUUUUUCACAUUGAUACACGUCUGUGUUUUAAUUAAAGGAAGUGGGAAUCUGAUAUUCUGUAUAUUCCUUUAUGUACUACAAUAACACAUAGAUAUAUUACAAAAUAUUGAACUAUAGAUUUAAAAUACACAGGGGGAAAUGCACAUAUACUGACAUACUGUAUAUUGGUAAAUACAUGCGUUUAUCAGAAAAUAGUAUUUUCCAAUAAAUCACAAGAUAUUUCUGUUCCUUAAGGGGAACUAGCGGUAUAUUAGCACAAUGCUACAUUCUACAGAUUUACUGUGUGUGAUGACUGAUUGUUGUCUAGUUUUCCUCUUUUUUAUUAAGACACACAUCAGCUGUGUUUUAACCAGAGUAACAGUUACUUUCACAUUUUCACAUGGAACAAUUCACAUUUGACUUCAUGCAUAAAAUCUUCACACUGUAUUAUUUACUUUCACAGAUGUAUGAAUUACGUGAGUAUAAAGACUUUUCUGUGAUGGUGAUGUGUUGAUGCUGCAUGAAUAAUAUAUUUAUUGUGCAGAUGAAAUAGAUUAGACUGUGCUGUGUGUUCAGAGUGCAAUAGCACAUAGAUAUAUGAGCAUCAUGAGCAUAGUGUAGUGAACACCACAGACUGUGAUCGCUGCAGAACGUCCAUCACGCUGGAGUCUAGUUUGUCAUUAGUGUUAUACAGACACAGAAAUCUGACCUACACACUGAUACUGAGAGCUGAAAAGCUGAAGGUGUCUUUACAAAAGACACACGCACUCAUUAGUGACCAAUCUGAUGUAAUGGAGCUAAUAAUCAGAGACGGGCUCGAUAUCAGUUUAAACUGAAACAAUCAGAGACAUUUCUCCAUCAGAGAGGAAAUUAAACUACACACUAAAUGUGUCCUUUAGAUUGUUACAGUUACUGGACAUCCAGUAGAACAGACUAGAUCAUUUAUCUCAUUUAUACAACUGAGCAAUUCAGGGUUAAGGGCCUUGCUCAAGGGCCCAACAGUAGUAGCUUGGCAAUGCUCGGGCUUGAACUCCUGAGCAUCUGAUCAGUAACUCAGAGCCUUUAACCACUGAGCCACCACCAUAUAAACUAUUUAUAAUGAUUCACUAUCUGCUGUUAUGUUUGAUAAAAAUAUUAAAAUUGUAGCUGAACAUCUUUGUACUGAAAGCACAGAGUGAAGAUUGUUUAGCAGCGAUUCUGACUGUAAAUCAUAAGUUUUUCUCUCUGUAUUUUAUCUAACAUUACAUUUCUCUCUGUUGUUUUACACGACAGCUUCAGGCUCGGUAAGUAAAUAACUCGACUUCACACUAACGGUAGCGGCUGAUAUUUUAUAAACUUAUCACAUAUAUUACAUUUGAAUCCAGGGAUGAAAUAGAAAGAUAAAAAGCAUUUUCAGAUCAUGUUUACGUGAAGGACUCUGAUCAGUCAGUGAGAUUCCACUUCCAUCAGCCAGCUUCUUUCCCACAAUGCUCCUGUGCGUAACCCCACUGCACUGCAAUAACGUAGCAGAGACGUUUACCAUGUCGAGUAAAAGACACAACAAACAUGUAACAUAUAACACACACCACUGCCGGACUCCAUCAGAAUCUUAUUCACAAUCAUACACCAGUAAAAUCACCAAAUUUCCCAGGAUUCCUCUGGAUUAAACAGGGGUCUUUUGUGCGAAUAUCCAAGGACCAUUUCACCUUUUUGGAUUAUUUUCAUAAGGUGUGACUCCUAAUUGUGUUCUUCCUGUAAUGAACAGUAACAGAACAUUUCCUGACGCUUCACCAUGAACAUAAAUCAUAGCUUUAACAGUUUUCAGUGCUUGUAGACAGAAUCAUUAGCAGCGUUUACAUGGACAACAAUAAUCCACUCUUAACCCGAUUAAGACCAUACUCUAAUUAAGAAACUACCAUGUAAACAGCAAUUUUUACUUACCUUAAUCUAAUUAAGGUCAUAAUCGAAGUAAGCACUAAUCUAAUUAAGACAGGUGGAGUACUCCUGUUUUAGUCACAUUAUGGACGUGUAGUAGUGACAUGUAAACACCUUAAUCACAUCAUGAACAUCGUGUGGGAGUUUUCACCGCAUUUUGCGACAGGACACGAUCACACACGGCAGUUUUACGUUUUACGGCGAACAAGAGAGUUCGACUGUGUCCCAAAUCGCAUACUUACCUACUAUAGGCCUGUAGUUGGGAAAAAUACAUGUAUCUCAGCUACUAUAUAGACGGUAACUAUGCGAUUUGGGACACACCCACCGCUUCAAGCAGUUGUCUAUUAGCACAUACAGCAUGACUAAUAAUUAACUGCACUUAAAGUGUUCGUGGGGAAAAAAAACAACAACAAAAAAACACCCAAAACUGUAAACGGUCCCAUAACGAAGACGAACUGUAUGUUGAUGCGUGAAAUUCUGGAGGUACGUCGGACGGCGUGGCGCGGUGAUGUAAUGACGCGGGCUCUUAAUCUAAUUAUGAUCUAUAACAUGUAAAACGGGUACAUGACAGGAGUAUUCUAAAAGCGACUCAUGUAAACACCUUAAUCACAUUAUUAUCUUACUCAGAGUAAGGUCAAUAAUUAGAUUACUGCUGUCCAUGUAAACGUAGUCAUUGCCAUCACUUGCUCUGCGUAACAAUCACAGCAUAUUUUAAGAAGCACUGAAGAGUUGACUCGGCCUAGCAUUUAGUCUCUUUAAGCUAACAGAAGUAAGCCAUGUUAAUGCACACAGCAUAAAGACAACCUGACUGAACUGAGAACAGAAGUCCUUACCUUCAUACAAAAUAUUGAACUAUAGAUUUAAAAUACACAGGGGGAAUGCACAUAUACUGACAUACUGUAUAUUGGUAAAUACAUGCGUUUAUCAGAAAAUAGUAUUUUCCAAUAAAUCACAAGAUAUUUCUGUUCCUUAAGGGGAACUAGCGGUAUAUUAGCACAAUGCUACAUUCUACAGAUUUACUGUGUGUGAUGACUGAUUGUUGUCUAGUUUUCCUCUUUUUUAUUAAGACACACAUCAGCUGUGUUUUAACCAGAGUAACAGUUACUUUCACAUUUUCACAUGGAACAAUUCACAUUUGACUUCAUGCAUAAAAUCUUCACACUGUAUUAUUUACUUUCACAGGGGGCACCAUCACGUGAGUAUAAAGACUUUUCUGUGAUGGUGAUAUGUUGAUGCUGCAUGAAUAAUAUAUUUAUUGUGCAGAUGAAAUAGAUUAGACUGUGCUGUGUGUUCAGAGUGCAAUAGCACAUAGAUAUAUGAGCAUCAUGAGCAUAGUGUAGUGAACACCACAGACUGUGAUCGCUGCAGAACGUCCAUCACGCUGGAGUCUAGUUUGUCAUUAGUGUUAUACAGACACAGAAAUCUGACCUACACACUGAUGCUGAGAGCUAAAAAGCUGAAGGUUUUUGUUUGAAUGUGAUUUCAUAGCAGUAACUCCUUCUGAAAGUGAUUGAGACGGGCUAACGUUACUGUAGUGUAUAUAACUACAGAGAGAGAUGUGAGUUAGAGAGUUCACACUGGAUCAUGGUGCAUGAAAGAGAUUAUAACAGAAUAGAAGUAAGUGAUCUGGUGAAUUUGUUUCUUGCAGCAUUAAUACUGAAAGAGCCUGAAGAGGUUUUUUUUUCAAGUCAGCAGAAAGAGGAGAGAAACAAGCCAGUACAGGAUAAAAACAGACUUCUUGAGAACAGCUACAGAACGUUUAGAGCUAAUACUAUAGGAUCAAAUACAGAGAACAUUACAGAAAAUAACUGCAUUUUUAAUCAUCUCAACAAUCUUACUUUGCAUUUUUUCCCUCACAUCCUCCUCUAAAUGAAGAGUUCGAGGUUCGUCAGGUGAGUAAACUGUUAUAAAAUAUUAUUAUUUCAUGAAUCUCUUACUGAUGGUAACAGCAUUAAAAAGAUUAUUAAAUUAUGUUACAAUUAGGCCAGUGCCCGGUGACAGGUAAAUGAGUUACCAUGGUAACAGCCCCAGUGAUGGUAAAAACUGGACUAUUACGGGUAAAAAAUAUGACAUUUGAUUGUUCUAGAAACUCAGCUGUUGAACUGUUUGUUAGUAAUUUGCUAUUAUUAUUAUUAUUAUUAUUAUUAUUAUUAUCAUUAUUAUUAUUAUUAUUAUUAUUGCUACGUGUAAAGACUUUGUGGAAAUUUGAACAAAAUAAAUAAUAAAGUAAAUAACAGUAAGAAUAAAUGAUGACCUUCACCCCGUUGAAGUUCAUCUGCAAACUUUGUCUUAAAUUCCAUUUAAAGUGGCACAGAAAAGGUUUAACACGUAUUCAGUUUAACUCGAGGAUCUGUGCAGACUCCCUACAACAGGAACUUCAUUCAUUCACAGAAAAACCUUUUUUCUUAAAAUCUAUGUGGCAAAAUUAAUGGCACCCCAAAAGAAAACAUAAACAAAACAAACUGUCAGAUUUGGGGAGAAAAAUACACGCAGUGCUCUCAGUGUCUUUAUUAUUACUUUAUUGUGAUACUGUGUGACGUCAUCACGCAGAACAUAUCAACUCUCAGUGACACUCACACACACACACACACACACACACACACACACACACACACACACACACACACACACACACACACACAGACACUCACACACACACACACUCACACACACACACACACACACACACACACACACACACACACACACACACACACAGUGAUCUGAACAGAGAAACACUUCAUGUGUGUUUAACACUUUAUUUACAUACAGUAUGGAGUCAUGUAGAAAACCUUCACACUGUUUUAUUCACUUCCACAGGGAGACAGAAAAUGGACAGAAGAUGAGAGAGUGGAAAUGAAGAAAUCUGCUCUACUGACUGAGGAUUUUAGAGAACCCAUUGGAACCGGAAAAGGCGCUCAGUCCACAUCUACACUGCACCCUGACACUGGACAUGUCUCAGCAGACACUGAAAUAUUUACUCCUGAAUUGGUUGACAACUAUCCUAAUGAUAAGAACAGAAUGAAAUACAGGUUUUUUUGCUCUCGUGCCGGGCAGUUUAAGUGCAAACUGACAGACCUUGUGUUCGAGAUGGAAGGGAAAGGGGAAGUGCUGUACAGAAUAGUGUCCUGGGACAGCUGUGUCUCGGAUGGAUUACAGAAGGAUUCUGCAGGACCUCUGUACAGUAUCGAAUGCCUCAAAGGUUCAAUCCGUCAUCUGCACCUCCCGCAUUGUGAGACCCGUACCGAUGUGGUUAAAUUGACUGUGGCGCAUGCAACUGGUGGAAACGUGGAGAUCAUUCAGCCGCUAAAAGUAACAGACACACAUGUGAUCAUACACAUCCAUGGUCUCUCCCUCUUCGGUAUAUUAAAAGCGCUGCUAUUCCAAGAGUAUCCAAUCAGAGCACAAGUUCUCCUGUUCCGUAAGAAAAUGACUAGAAAACUCAGUAGGAGUAAACUGAACAUCCAUCUGUUGCCAGGGAAUGUGCCAGUUAAAGAGGUGCAGAAACAACGCGAGUGCAACGAGUACAUUGAGACAACCUCCAAAUGUCAGCUGAGCCCUGGUAAACUAUACAGGCUGUGCUGUAAAACUACUGACCGUGAUUACAAACCUCAACCAGAGGAAGAGACGUUUGAUCUUGACUACGGCCCCAACUAUCACCCUACGUUUGAGGUGCUGUUUAAUACCGAGCUUGAUGAGAUCACUCUAAGUCUUUUGGAUGAAAAUGGCCAGCAGGUGUGGACGCCACGUGAGGUCUCGCUUCUUACAGAUACAGAGGCAGUCUCAGCAAACACGGUUAAAGCAGGUGCUGACUUUGUGGACAAACACAGAGAAACACUGAUUCAGAGAGUUCCUUCAGUAACUGAGAUCGCAGACGUUCUAAAAGGCAAGAAAAUGAUUAGUGAUGAAAUGUACUAUAAGAUCAAGAGCAAGGAAAUAGGACAAGAACAAAUGAGAGAGCUGUACAGAUGUCUCACCUCAACAGCCGUGAAAGCAGAAUUCUAUAAAAUUCUUCAAGAGAAACAUCAGUAUAUAUUGGAGGAUCUGUAACGGGUCAGGGCUUAGUGAACGUUUCACUGAGUAACUCAGACGCAUGCGCUAAUGACAUGUGUGUUCAUUUCUGUUUGUGUAGCAGAAAUCAUAGCAGAGAUUUUAUAUA